AACCCUCCCGGGGACGUGGACCAGCGUGGAGUUUAACGAAAACGAAACCGCCCAAGUGAGGUCCUGCGUCGGCAGAAAGGAUUUGCAGCUUGCCUUGGGACUUGAGUGUGAAACAAAAUUGAGUAUUAAUAAGAGUGCACCGAAACUAUAGUGACCUUCAUGAUGUGGGUCCCAAAGCCCAGGAACCUACUGUGCACCGUUGUGAUAUCGUUAGUGCUUUACCAUAGUGUUACUGCAGCGUCAUGUAAAACUGGCUGCCAAUCCCCCAACAAAUCAUCCAAGUACAAAUUUCAACCGGGAAAUGUCUACAGCUACGAUCUGGACAGCUUCGUCCAGGUGCAGCUGACUGCGGAGGAAGUUGACGCCCAGCAAACCACACUGAAAGUAGAAGGUAAAGUAGAGAUCUACGCCGCCGAUAACUGCCAGUACACGCUGAAGGUGCUGUCACUGACCGCCUUCGCACCCGAUGGCAAGAAAUCGCAGUUCGGAAAUGACAUCAGCAAGCCGGUCCAGUUCAGUCUGUCCAACGAUGAACUGUUCCCGGAGCUGUGCACCGAAUCCGCGGAUUCGGACUUCUCACUGAACGUCAAGCGAGGCAUUAUUUCGCUGCUGCAAUCCGCCGAGAGUAAAUCCUACGAGACUGAUGUUUUCGGCGUUUGUCAAACUUCCUUCUCGAACUUUGCCUCCGGAGAUGCGACCGUCGUCAACAAGGUUCGUGAUCUGGCGGGAUGUAGCUAUCGGGAGACUAUCAGCAAUACCUUGGUAUCCAGCGUGGUCAACAGCAAAGCGGGAAUCAAAUCAACUCCGUAUCUGAAUGCCAACUACAACAACCAGCAAACGUUCAAGAACGGUGUUCUGGAGUCCGUGAAACUGACUGAAGAAUACAAGUAUGUGCCAUUCGCUAAGCUCAAUUCCGGAGCCGUUGCCCGAGUUACCACGAAGUUCACCUACACUGGAUCGAAAGCGGGCAGCGCGCCUGCCCUCUCCAACGGAACGCCACGUUCGGUUAUCUUUGAAAACCCGCAAUCGGACUCGCAGGGUAAUCUGGAAACCAUCAAGCAAGAGUUGAAAACCGUUGUAGAGUCGUACAGCAACAACAAUGUGGGCAAACUGACCGCCAGCCACUUUACCGAACUCGUCCACUUGAUGCAAUACUCCAAGAAGGAUGACCUGCUGUCCCUGUACCAGCAGGUUAAAGCCGGAACUGCUCACCCGAAUAAGGUUCUUGCUCGUAAAGCCUACUUGGAUGCCCUCUUCCGAGUAGGAACUGGAGCUUCCGUUGAGGCGCUCGCUACCCUGUACAAGAACAAAGAAAUUUCCGAUCCUCAGGAACAGAAGCUGAUGUUUGUGUCCUUGAAUCUGGUUAUGUCUAUGAGCAAGCCUGCUCUGAAGACAAGCAAACUAUUCCUGGAUGGAAAUCCUCCCCGAGAGGCCUACCUCAGCGUUGGAUCAUUAGUUCACAAGUACUGCCAGAAGUUCGGUUGUGCUUCGGCUGAUGUUAAGGAAAUUUCCGAUAAAUACGCAGUAAAACUGGGCAAAUGUCAGCCAUCGAACCGAGCAGAAGAAGACAUUGUCGUUGCUGUUCUGAAGGGAAUCAAAAAUACCAAUAACCUAGUAUCACCCCUGCUGGAUAAGGUUGUUCAGUGUACAUCGGAUAAGGCAUCCUCUCGGGUGCGAGUAGCUGCUUUCCAAGCCUACCCAGCAGCAUCGUGUCACAAGAAGGCCGUCAAUUCAGCGCUAGACUAUUUCAAGGACGCCAACCAAGACUCGGAAAUUCGUAUUCAAGCCUACCUAUCGCUGGUCGAAUGUCCAUCGGCUGCCGUUGCCAAUGAAAUCAAAGCUCUUCUGGACAACGAGAAAGUGUACCAAGUCGGUUCCUUUGUCAGCACACAUCUGGCAAGCUUACGUGCUUCGGUAGAUCCAACACGUGACGCAGCUCGUCAACAUUUUGGCAACAUCAGAACUACGAACAAAUUCCCAUUCGAUUUCCGUCGCUAUUCGUUCAACCGUGAAUUUUCGUACGCCGUAGAAUCCCUGGGAUUGGGAGCUAGCGUUGAUACGAGCGUAAUCUAUUCGCAGAAAAGCUUCCUGCCCAAAUCGGUAAACUUUAAUGUCACUACAGAAGCUUUCGGCAAUGGAUUCAACGUGUUCGAAGUCGAAGCUCGUCAAGACAACCUGGAUCGUUUGGUAGAGCAUUACUUCGGACCGAAAGGAUUUUUCCGUGGUUUGAACCUGCAAUCGGCGUACGAUAAACUAGUGGCACAAUACAAUAAACUAUCGGAGCAAGCGAAAAGCCGUUUCCGUCGUGGACUUAAGGAAGAUGUGAAAGCAUUUGCCAACUCUGUCAAUCUGCACAACGAUGUGCUGGAGGAUUUCAAUCUGGAUGUUUCGGUCAAAUUGUUUGGCUCGGAAUUGUUCUUCCUGAGCUCCGGAGAUAACGUACCGCACACGCCUGAAGAGUUCUUGGACAAAUUGUUGGAGUGCUUCGAGAAGUUCCUGGAAGGUGCAAAGAAGUACGAUCGCGUAUUUGAACAGCACACACUGUUCGUGGACGCUGAUUUGGUGUACCCUACUGCAGCUGGCCUACCGUUGAAAUUGUCAUACGAAGGAACUGGAGUCGCCCGGUUGGAAACUAGCCUGGAAGUAGAUCUGAAAGCCAUUGCCAAGGACUACAAGAAUACGAAAUUCAAUUUGAAACUGGUUCCUAGCGCAAGCUACGAACUGUCGGGAACACUUAGCGUGGAUGCGUUCACGGUUACCACUGGUCUUCAGCUAUCCGGUACCGUCCAUACUGCUACCGGAAGUGCCGUCAGUUUCGCUCUGUUGGACGAAGGCAAAGCUUACGAUCUUACUGUAGAUUCCCUGUUCAAGAAACAAGAGCUGAUUAGCUUCAGCAGCAAGCUGGUGUUUGUCACACGUGAACGUGGAAAUCAGUUGAUCUCUCUUCCACUGAAAAUGAAUCAACAAGUUAAGGAAUUCAAGGAAUGCUUUGACAAUCUGUACCACAUCAUCGGUGUAACGCUUUGUGCAUCAGCCGGUCAGAAACAAAUCCCCGGAAAGGCUCUAGUGCCGCUGGAUGGCGAGUACCAAGCAGAACUGUACCUCGAAGUUGAUCCCAAAUACCACUUUUCGGGCAAAUAUGAUGACUCCGACAAACAGCAUCAGAGUCUACUGUUGACCUUCGACACUCCCGGCACAGAUAAGAAGCGCACCACUAGCCUUAAGUUGGAAAGCUACUUCAAGGGUGACGCUUACGUGAAGGCAACCGUUCUCUCUCCGCUUAGAAAUGUUGAUGUCACAGUUGGCUUGAACAAUAACGAAAAAGAGGCCGCCCUGUACGCCUUGGCGCACAACGGCCCAGACGAGUAUUCAGCAAAGAUCGGUUUCGAAAAGGCCGGGUCUUCUGCCAGGCAGGAGUACAUCCCAAUUUUCACCGUCAAAACCCCAUCCGGCGAUGCACAGGUCUCCAAACUCGUCCAAACCACUGGUAAAAUUGUUGUCGAAAAAGGUGACGGUGGUGCCACGAAUUACAAACUAGAAAACGUCGAAUGGACCAGCCCCUAUGCCCCGAAAACAACGGUAAACGGAUUUGUUUCGCAAAAUGGACCCAGCUUCGAUACCGAUCUGGCGAUCGUUGUCGGAUCUAGCAAGAACAACGUCAAGGGACACUUGGACUUCAGUCCGAAGCACAUUAAUUUCGACCUGGAAAAGAAAACUGACGGUGAUGCAAACAAGAACUUCAAAGUGAACGCAGCCGUUGCUUACACGGACAGCUCGUUCAAGAGUGCAUUCGUCUUUGUUGCCGGUAAGGACUUCAACAACCCAACGAACCGCUACGAGCUGAACCAGAACGCUGAGUUCGUUGUGGAGGAUAAGAAGUUGACGUCGCUGUCAUUGACGAACAAACUACAGCUGCCGAAGCAACUGAUCCGUCUGGAUCUGGUAACUAACAAGAAUCAGUUCAAGCUGGAAGGCGAAUAUGGUUACGAUAAGUACAAGGUUGCCGCCAGCGUUGACGCGAAGUACAACGAAAAAAGUGCCGGUGACUAUGACGUUACGGUGGCCGCCUCGCUGAACAAGCACAACUUCAAAUUUGUCUCCAAACGUACCCUGGAUGCCGCCAAGAAUAAGUUCCAAAAUCGUCUGACCGCUAGCACCGGAACGAAGAUCGAACUGAAUGGAGUUGCCUCGAACAAAUUCAGCGAACAGGAGGGCGAACUGAACCUGGAGGGGCUGUUCGUGGCCGUCGAGAAAGCCGAUCCCUACAAGUUGACUUUGGCCGUGCAACUUUCUCCCGCCACAGUGCUUUCCAACGCCAAGGUUCUAGUGGGAAAGAACGAAUUCGCUACCUACGAUCUGAAGGUUGACCGCACCGAUAACUCUAACGGCAAAUUUAACUUUGUCGUCAAGGACUUCCUCGAUGGAAACGGUGAAUUCAAAGCAAACAACGGCCAGGGAGAUGGAACCGUGCUGGUAAGCUUCCUGAAGCAAGAACGCAAACUGAAGCUGGACACGAAGUUCAAAGUCAGCGCACCAGUGUACGACAUCGCCACCGAUUUCUACUACGACUUCGAUAAGGACAACACCAAGAAGGUUCACUUCGACACCAAGAACAAGGUCACCAAGAGCAGCUUCGACAGCAAGAACAAGCUGGAAGUGUUCACCGAAAAGUACGAAUUCAACGUUCAAGGUCAACAGAGUGGUCAGCUAACCGAUGGAACCACAAAUGGAAAGUUCUCGCUUGUUCUCCCCACGGGACGGCAGCUGUCCGGUGAUCUCAAGCGCGAAGUCAACGGUAAGGACGAGAAAAAAACCACGGGAAGUAUUGUUGCCAAUCUGGUUGACAAACUGCCCAGUGGAAAACAGCAAUCGCUUUCACUGACCGGAGACUUGAAGGACGGAAACUUCAAAUCUCGCUUCUUUGAUUCCACCCACGAGCUGAAGUAUACCAACUUCGACGGUAAGGAUGUUGAUGUUGAGCUGGAUACCAAGCACUUGCCAGCAGGACACUUCAAAAAAGCUGUCUUCCAUGUUAAGGUCAAGGGAGCGUUGAUCCCUGAAGCUAGCGAUGUGGCUUUCUAUCUGGAUGAAUACUGCGAAAAUCAUGCCGUCUAUCGGUUGAGUGGAAAGUACGGAACAGAUUUCGAUGGCACAGUCAGUGGAAACUAUCACGUAGGAAAAGUUGGCAAACCACACACGCAUGAAGUCAAGGCAAACGUCAACGUCCCGAAGGCUCCGAUUAAAACGCUCGCCGUCGAAUCGAAGGGUAGCUAUCUGGAACCGGAAGGUGAAACCGGCCUGUUUGAGUUGGAGUAUGCUGGAGCUUUCAAAUAUAGCGAUAAGACCGUGUCAGUGUCUACGGUUGCCAAGGGAAAUGUUAACCACGGAUCAGGAAACUUGAAGGUCAGCCUUCCGAACACCGAUCCAUUCUCCGCCGAAGCACAGUACAACUACGAAGGCAAAGACGAUGGACCAGUUUCAACCAAGGGUUCGGUCAAGGUUAACUACGGCAAAGGAAAAACGCUAGGUUUCAGCGGCGAAGCCAAGGCUGUCGGAGUUGACGAUGUUUCCGUACAUGCUACUCUGAAGUCCGAGUUCGAACAUGUCAAAAAUGUGGAACUAACCUUCAAACAUGUCAAAUCUGGUGAGAAUGCUUUCAAUACCAAACUGAAUCUAGUGGCAGACGAGAAGACUUACAGUGUAGAUAAUGCCGUAUUUCUCUCGGAAAGCAGCCCAUCCGUCGACUUCCAGCUUGGAUAUCCAGGCAAAAGCGUAAAAGUGUACGGCGCAUACAAGGUGCUAAGCGAUCGAGCGUUUAAGGCGGAAGCCAAGGUCCUAAACUUUGGUGACUUCAAUCUGGACAGCAAUUUAGAGGCGAAUUUCCAAAGCUACGAAACCUUCUAUGCCAAGGCCUUCCUCGAUGCACCGAAACUGAAUGCCAACAAAGUAAGCAUUGAAGUAAACUCCAAACCAGGAAGCAGCGGAAAGGGUCUGGAAUUCAAAGCUUCGUCAGAUGGAAAGAACGUUCUGAGCGGGUAUGCGGAUUACUCUGUUAAAGAGCAAGGCAAGAGUACCAUAAUUGAGGGACAAGGUAAUGUCAAGCUGUACGACAAGCAACAGCAGACAGCUUCCUUCAAGCUGACUCGUGAGAAGCUUCAAGACUCCGGUUACGCAUUCACUUUGGGAGCUUCGGUCGAUAAAACCACGAUUUCCGCCGAACUUCGAAUAAAGACAAAUGAUUUCUAUCUCAAAAACAAGUUCUGCGAGAAGAAUCAAUGUACGAACGUGGAAAUUCAAUCGAAACUCGAACGCACCGGAAGUAAGUACAACCACGAAGCAGUCGUAUCGGUCGAUCUGCAGCAGUUGGGAUACGACCAUGAGUUCGGUUUGACGGCAAAGACCAGCGGCAAUGGGUUCACUCUCGAUCACACCACCGACGUCCAGCUGAAGGAGAAGAAACGACCGAAAUAUCAGUAUCAAUUGUACAUCCAUCCAAACAGCGCCGGUGCCAGUCUGAUCCUGCCAACCCGGUCCAUUGUGGUCGAGGGUGUCUUCAAAUACCCGAAGGAAGACAAAUUCGGACAGUACGACAGCACUGUUUCGUUCUAUCUGGACAAAAAGAAUGCACCAAACAACAAGGCUACCUUUGGCUUCACUGGUGAAACGAAACUGGUCGGUGCGGCUGGAGUCAGCGGUUCUGGAUCGUUGAAAUUCUCACACCCAACUCUGAAGGAUCUCGUUGUAAGCGUUUCCGGAGUUCUGGACGGCGAAAAGCAAACCGUAGAUGGACAAGUUGUGUUGGAUCUGUUCAAGAAUGCCAACGAUAAGAUUGUUGCCCAGGCCAAAUACGUUAACAGCGAUCAAAGCUUCAAAGGAUUCAACGUUAGCGCUGAAAUGAGCGUCGCUAGCAAGGGUCUAGGAUUCGACUGUGGUUUCAGCGGUCACUCGGCCCUAUCACUAGCUACGAAACAGCUCAGUACCGCCGCUUCGAUCAAUCUGCCCUUCGAAGAUUUCCGAUUUGGAUCGUACCUAUUUGUCAGCCCCGAAGAACUUGAUUUCCUCCUGAGGAAAUUCAACGAUGACCUAGUCCGCGCACACGGUUCAUACGACUCGAAAAAGAACAAGGCUGAGCUAACCACCACGCUCAAACUCGUGCCGAAUCGUCCGGUCGUGCUGCAAUCGAACAUCAACGGCUUCUCAUCAGCCAAGUUCUCCCUCAACCAGGACAAAUUCUUCAACGUUGACGGUUCGUUCGCACUUGACAAGGCCGCUGUCCUCAAGGUUACGGGACUGGAAAAGGAACUAGUGAACGCGAAGAUUGCUCUGGACGCAAGUCACUUCCUAUCUACGGAGUAUCAAGUAAACGAAGCUAACGCUAAGAGUUUCCUUAGUGCUUUCAAUAAGCAACUGCAAAGCGAUCUGGAAUCAACGAAAGCAGAUUUCGAGAAGAAGUACACUCAACUGUCCGCCGAUGUAAACAAGGUAUUCAACAAUGCCGUAGGUGCUCUACCAGAUUUGGGCAAAUUCCAGGAAGAUUAUGGUAAGCAGUUGAGCAAACUACAGGAAGAUCUGUUGCAAGACCCAACUAUCAAGGAGUUGUUCGACCUCUUCAUCAAGGUAUACAAAGCAGUUAAUGAUGUUGUAACGCAGCUACUCAAUGUCUACGCUGAGAACUUCAAAAAGAUUUCCGCCAUUGUCACCGACGUUGCCGGACAACUAAUGGAAACAUUCAACUCAAACAUCCUGCCAGUGCUAAAGGAACUCUACACGAAAACAGAAGCGAUCGUGUUCAAUGUCUAUGAAGAAACGCUCAAAUUGGUAGUCGCUGUAUUCGAACGAUCAGUCAAAGCGUUGAAGGCUUUCGAAGAAGACUUCAACAAGGUUGCCAGCAGUUUUUCGGAAUUGUUCAAGAGCUUCGCCCAAACCUUCAACAAGGCACUCGCAACUCUUGAAAAAGAGUUCAAAGAACUGUACAAGGCUAUACAGGACUACUUCGAUUCAUUCGAUGAAUUCAAGGUACUGAAGGAAACAUUCAAAGAAUAUUUCGACGGACUUGACAAGUACGCAUACCAACUGUUGAAGGAAGUGUUAACUCUCGCCGAGGACCUCUACCCAGUGCCAGAAAUCAAAACAUUCACUUCAUCUGUCAACAAGUACAUUACAAGCAAGUUGGAAAACAAACCAGUCAACGACGUAGAAGAGCUGAAGAACAUUUUCAUUAACUUCGUUAAGGCUGUCAAUAUGUUGUUCGAAAAGUUCACCUCCUCUGUAACCACUACGCUGGAUGAACCAGGAUUCGCUGGAGGUUUACCGUCGUUCGUGACAUUGAAGUUCUUCCCGUACGUCACCAGCUUCAAGUUCAGCCCGCUGAACUAUCUGCGUAACGAGAAGUUCAUUUCGGUUCGCGAUUUCUUGUACCAAUUCCGUCCGUAUGCCUGGAAUCCGUUUGACGUUGUACCGCCCUUCGCCAUGCACGGAGAAAUUGCCGAUGGAAGCCACUACUUCACCUUCGACGGGCAACAUUUCACUUUCGCUGGCAGCUGCAACUACAUUCUAGCAUCGGACUUCGUUGACGGAAACUUCAGUUUGGUAGCCAACGUAAAAGAUGGCAAGCUAAAAUCCGUUGCCCUAAUCGAUAAGGAUGUUGUUGAGCUGAACGAUAAGGGAGUAGUGACGCUGAAUGGCAAAGCUGCUGAUCUUCCGUUGCAUAAAAAUGAUGUGCAUGCUUGGAGAAAAUACUACACCGUCAACCUGUUGUCCACCUACGGAGCUAGUGUUUUCUGUACUACGGAUCUUAAGGUAUGUCACUUCACUGUGUCCGGCUUCUAUCUUGGUAAACUCCGAGGACUGCUAGGAAACGGAAACUACGAGCCAUACGACGACUACACUCUACCGGACGGAAAAGUAUCCCUAAGUUCCACCGACUUUGCAAACAGCUACAAAUCAACGAAGUCGUGCGGAGCUGUGGCGGACGCUGGUCACGCUGCACAUGACCACAGCAGCCCAGUUUGUGCAAAACUGUUCGGAUCCGAUAGCUCGCUACGUUACUGCUACUUCUUCAAAGAUCCAUCCAAUUACCGCGAAGCUUGCGAGGAAGCCGUUCAUGAUGCCCAGGGUUCCGAAGCAGCCGCUUGUGACAUUGCUUUUGCGUACGCAUCGGCUUGCCGUCUGGAGCUGAUCCCAGUCAACGUUCCAGCACAGUGUCAGAAGUGUACCGUCAGCGGAAAGGAUAUCAGCGUUGGAGACCAAUUCAGUGUGAAGUCUCCUCAGAAACAGGCUGACGUUGUUCUAGUGGUGGACACUUCAUUGGGAACUCUGCUUGGAGAAUUGGUACAGGCCUCGAUCAACGACCUGCGCAAGGAGCUUAAGUCCAACGGAAUUACGGAUGUACAUGUUGUAGUUCUCGGAUACAACCGAAACCAGAAGUACACCAGCUUGUUCACCAGUGGCGGAUCUCUGGAUUAUACCGGCAAACUUGGACAGGCUGACGUUAGUGGACCAGAAAACUACAAACCAUUGGUCACCGGCAACCAGAACGUAGACGAAUUCUUCAAAACUCUACACGAACUGGGCGAGAAGACCGCUGAGGAUCUGGCACUAACGCCGGAUGCUCGCGCAUUCGUGGAAGCUCUGCAAUAUCCGUUCCGAUCCACCGCCAGCAAAUCGAUUGUUCUGGUUCACUCGGAUGACACUGAGAAGGUUCCAAAUCCGACACGAGCGGUAAAAUCGCUUCUAGCCACCCUGGAUCUGAAGUCGAAAGGUGUUGGACUGCACGUGGUCACGCCUGUUAAGGGCCUGGGUAUUGCCAACAGCAAGGACCAGAAGAAGGUGAAGGAAAUUGUCGGAUUCAACUCGAAACAGGCCUAUACCCUGGCUGACAGCAAGAAGCGCACCAACGUGGGAUCGACGGAGCUGAAGAACAAUCUGAAGUUCGAAUCAGAUCUGCUGGUGGACAUGGUACAGAAGAACGACGGUUUUGUGUUUGCGCUGCAGAACUUCAGCGGACUGAAGCAGGCCAAGGAUAAGAAAUCGUUCGUUGCCGUGCUGGCUUCCGCGCUCGGAGAUCACAUCGCCCGAACGGAAGUGCACAGCGACUGUGUGUGCAAGCAACGCAACGGACUGCACGCAGAAGAAUCCUGCGAAGCCAAGGAAACCAAAUUCCUACCACCAGGCAAGAAAGCGGGAGGAGCGAAGGGAUAGAAACAUCACAAACCACCUGCUAGGGGAAAGAUGACUUCCAGCCAUAUUUAUUAUAAUGAUACAUCUUCGUCUAGGAAAAAAGUAUAUCAUCCGAAUGCCAUUAACAGUAAAAUCCUAGAGCCAUAAUUUUGUAUUGUAGUACUUCAUGGAAUC